GCCAUGAACCAGCCCGCCCCCGGGGCCCCCGGCCCGCCCCGCCGCGUGCGGCUGAAGCCCUGGCUGGUGGCCCAGGUGAACAGCUGCCAGUACCCAGGGCUUCAGUGGGUCAACGGGGAAAAGAAAUUCUUCUACAUCCCCUGGAGGCAUGCCACGAGGCACGGCCCCAGCCAGGACGGGGAUAACACCAUCUUCAAGGCCUGGGCCAAGGAGACGGGAAAGUACACUGAAGGGGUGGAUGAGGCCGAUCCGGCCAAGUGGAAGGCCAACCUGCGCUGUGCCCUCAACAAGAGCCGCGACUUCCGCCUCUUCUAUGAUGGGCCCCGGGACAUGCCGCCCCAGCCCUACAAGAUCUACGAGGUCUGCUCCAAUGGCCCUGCUCCCACAGAGUCCCUGCCUGCUGACGAUUACGAUUACGCUAUUGGAGCAGGAGAGGAGGAGGAGGAGGAGGAAGAGGAAGAGCUUCAGAGGAUGUUACCAAACCUGAGCAUCACAGAAGCAGUGCCACCUGGUCCUGCCAUGGCCCCCUAUUCUUUACCUAAAGAGGAUGUCAAGUGGCCACCCACCCUGCAGCCGCCUGUAGUGAUGGUCCCCCCUGCUCCGGACCCCAGGCUCCUGGCCCCUCCUCCUGGUGUCCCCGCUGGCUUCAGGGAGCUUCUGCCGAGCAUGGAGCCUGGGCCCCUGGCUGCCAGCCUGCCCCCUGCAAGCGAACAGCUCCUGCCCGAACUACUGAUCAGCCCCCACAUGUUGCCACUGACCGACCUGGAGAUCAAGUUCCAGUACCGGGGUCGGCCACCCCAGGCUGUGAUCAUUAGCAACCCGCACGGCUGCCGACUCUUCUACAGCCAGCUGGAGGCCACCCAGGAACAGGUGGAACUCUUUGGCCCCGUGAGCCUCGAGCAAGUGCGUUUCCCCAGCCCCGAGGACAUCCCCAGCGACAAGCAGCGCUUCUACACAAACCAGCUGCUGGAUGUCCUGGACCGCGGGCUCAUCCUCCAGCUUCAGGGCCAGGACCUAUAUGCCAUCCGCCUGUGCCAGUGCAAGGUGUUCUGGAGCGGGCCCUGCGCCUCAGCCCAUGGCUUGCGCCCCAACCCCAUCCAGCGGGAAGUCAAGACCAAGCUCUUCAGCCUGGAGCAUUUUCUUAAUGAGCUCAUCCUGUUCCAGAAAGGCCAGACCAACACCCCACCACCCUUCGAGAUCUUCUUCUGCUUUGGGGAGGAGUGGCCUGACCCCAAACCUCGAGAGAAGAAGUUGAUUACUGUACAGGUGGUGCCCGUAGCAGCUCGCUUGCUGCUGGAGAUGUUCUCAGGGGAGCUCUCCUGGUCAGCUGAUAGUAUCCGGCUACAGAUCUCAAACCCAGACCUCAAAGACCACAUGGUGGAGCAGUUCAAGGAGCUCCAUCACAUCUGGCAGUCCCAGCAGCGGUUGCAGCCUGUGGCCCAGGCCGCUCCUGUGGGAGGCCUUGGUGCUGGCCAGGGACCCUGGCCCAUGCACCCAGUUGGCAUGCAGUAACAAGCUGCAGAUGGUGACUGGCCCGGUUUCCUUGGUGGCUGUGCAGACUGAUAAGGAGGUGCGACAGCCCCGGUGGGCACCUGGUGGCUGCGGCGUCCUACCCCCGGGUUUCCUGGAAGUGGACUUGGGCAGAGAAGGAGAGGAAAGAGAGGCCUGAGACCCAUGUUCUCCUUCCUGGGCCUGCCUCUCCUGUGCUCGCUCUGGUCUGGUCUGCCAGGCUCUGGAGAAACAACCUGCAGUCCCUGUGAGCAGGCAACCCUGGGACCUAGUUGUACAAGAGGAAUUGCCCCAGGGUGGCCCACUCUUGUGGCUGCCCCAUUUCAUUUGGCAACAAGAGCCAAGGAGCGUUGUGGGCAGGGUCCCCCCCAGCAGGGCCUCUGCAGGACGUCGGCCUGACUUUGGGGUUCCCUGGUUUGAGCCUCACUUCUUCAUCUUCCUCCCUCCUGAGAAAGAUAUGAGCAUGAAGGUAUCAUAUCAGAUA